CCCAUAUUUUAUUCGAACGAGAACUUUAUCCAUUUUCAAUUCGUUACUAAUUAAUGACUUUUGAAAUGAAACAGUAUCAAACUUGAAAUGGACACAGUUCUAGUUAAAGUAAAACAUGGUGAAUUACGCGGAAAACUUCAGAAAAAUUAUAAAAAUGGAACAUUCUAUAGCUUCUUUGGAAUUCCGUAUGCUACACCUCCACUCGGAAAUUUACGAUUUAAGCCUCCUCAACCUCUCAAACCAUGGGAUGGAAUUUUAGAUGCAACAGAAGAAAAAGAAGGAUGUUUUGCACCUAAUACAUAUACAGGGAAAUUAGAAGGAAGUGAAGAUUGUCUACAUCUAAAUGUUUAUACUCCAGAGGUUAAUUCUGGAAACAUAAAUUUAAAACCAGUUAUAGUUUUCAUUUACGGUGGAGGUUUUUCAAUAGGAAAUAUUAAAACUGAAAUUUAUGGUCCAGAAUUUUUAUUAACUCAAGAUAUAGUUCUAGUAUUAAUUUCUUAUAGGCUCGGAGCUUUGGGUUGGUCACGUCUUGAAGAUGGUUCUUUAGGAAUCCCUGGCAAUCAAGGGAUUCGAGACGUUAUCAUGGCUUUAAAUUGGGUUCAACAAAAUAUCGAAUCAUUUUCGGGCGAUCCAAACAACGUGACACUGUUUGGGGGAAGUGCAGGGGCUCUUCUUGCCCACAUUCUUAUGUUUGUACCAUCAUGUAAAGGACUUUUUCAUAAAAUAAUUCUUCAUAGUACGUCGGCUCUUUUUCAUUGGUCUUUCGGGCAAACCGAUUCCAUGAAACAGUUGGCAAAAAAAUUGGGUUGCUCUUCAGAAAUUGAUAAAGAUAUCUUAGAGUUUUUACAGAAACAAUCGAUGGAGAAACUUAUGCAAGGUCAAAUGAUGGUUAAAUCUUCCAUAAAAGGGAAUGCCGCAAGACCGUUUUUUCCCGUUUUUGAAGAUGAUGAUAAUAUUGAAGAAAAGAUUAUUUUUGGAGAAUUUAAGGACCGCAUAAAAAAAGGUGAAUACAUAAAAGUACCGAUGAUUAUUGGAUACGUAUCAGAUGAAGGACUAUUUUUUGACAAUUUAAUCCGAAGACAAUUAAAACGUAAUGAAAAUCCGAUUUUAAUAAACGAUUUUGAAGAUAUCAUCCCAUUUAAAUUAGGAUUUAAAAAGGGAAGUCCAGAAUCUUUAAAGAUCGCCGAAAAGAUGAAGAUGUUUUAUUAUAAUGGACGAAAUCCAACGUUACAAGAUCGCAAACAAUUUUAUAGAUUAUUCGCAGAUAGUCGUUUUAUCACUCUUAUUCAAGACACGGCUAAAAGACAUUUCGAAACUUUACAAAAUCCCAUUUAUUUAUUUAAAUUCGCCUUCGACGGAAAAUUAAACUUAUAUAAAAAACUACAAGGCGUCGAUUUUCCCGGAGUUUCUCAUUCAGAUGAGUUGUGUUAUUUAUUUAAGAUGUCCAAAAAUCCACCGGUCGAAGAAAACAGUUACGAAGAUAAAACGAUUCAAAGAAUGGUUAAGUUGUGGACUAAUUUUGCCAAGAAUGGAAAUCCGAAUAAUCUUGACCGCGAGAAUGCUUUAAUUAAUAUUGAAUGGAAACCGAUUGAAAAGGGCAAGCUACAUUUUCUUAAUAUUGGAGAUGAAUUAACGGUUGGGAUUAAUCCUGAUAAAGAGGGGACUGAUUUUUGGGAAGAAGUGUUUAAUAUGAAAUCAAUAUCUAAAUUGUAACUUUGUUGUGUUAAUAAAGAAAUUUAAAUUAAAUGUA